AUGGCGGCCGAGGCGCGGGCAGCGACGCCUCCGGCAGAGGUGGUGGAGACGCUUCGCGAGAUGCAGGAUCUCUUCGAGAAAGAGAAGCUGGAUCCUGACUACUCCAUCCCAUCCCCCUCCGUCCCGUCCCACAAGGCUGUGGAGUCGAAGCCCAGCCCGCCUACGCCCUGCAGAGGUCAGGAUCCGCCUCAGGCGUGGCAAGAAACGAGAAAGAGGGUUGACUUCCUCGCUUCUUCCGCGCGUGCCCCCGCGGCAUGUUCCCGCGGUUACGGCCUGCAGCCUUCGCCCGGGCCGUUGCGGAGAGGAUCUCCCAAGCCUGGGCCACCGCUGCUGUCCCUUCUGCCGGAGGACUUAGUACUGCAGAUCUUCGUGACGGGCCUGGAAGCCGCGUCCCUGGCCUCCCUCGCGCAGACGUCCAGGAAGAUCCAGGCCUUCACCAUGAUUGCGGCCGCAGACCGCAUGGAGGAGGGCACCCCCACGACGCUGCGGCGGGGCCGACUGCGAGAGAAGCUGGAGUCGUGCCGGAAACACGCGGGGUCCUCGCUGGCCGCGCUCCGACGCAUGCGGCUCAGGGAGAAGAUGGACACCUUGCUCUGUCCCACGAUGGGCGUCUCCUCACAGCCGGUGGUGCUGGCGCGGGGCGCAGGCCACCAGUUCCUCGACUGGUCCUUCGCAGGUGGCGCGGAUGAGGUCGGACGGCUUUUUGCCGGUGCUGGCACCUCACCCGUUGCCUUUGGCAACUCCUGCCCGCAGUUCAGCGUGUCGGCCGAGACGAUGCUGCUGAGCCCACACGGCUCCUUGCCGGAUCCAACAGUGCGGAUCGUGUCGGUUGCCUGCGGCAAGGACCACCUCCUCCUGCUCGAUAGCUCGGGCCGGCCCUGGGCCCUCGGGGAUCCCUGCGCUGGAGGGGUCGCCUGCUCCGACCAGCUCAGCCAUGAGGUGUCACAGUGCGCAGAGUUCUUCCGGAUACCCAACGCCGAGUGCCCCGCCGCACUCACGCGCGCAACGCCGGUGAUGGCGCUGUGGUCCGUGCAUCUGACGAAGGUGGCCUGUGGCAGUGGCCACAGUGUGGCUCUCAGCCGCAGUGGUGACGUCUUCGCCUUCGGCCGUGCGCUGGCGCGUCCGGACCUAGAGACCCUGGGGUCGACGACAUGGCGGCGGCCGCGCAAGGUGCCCAUCUCCGGCAUGGAGGACGUCGCAGCCGGGGACAGCCACGUCGCUGCUGUUUGCCGACUUGGUGACACGUACCUUUGGGGUGAGAAUGUCCACGGCCAGUGUGCGCGAGAUCCUGUGACGUCAGGUGAGGCGCGAGGGUCCCGGCACCGGAACAGUGAGGCACCGCACUUGGUGCCCAGCCCCGCCCGCGCGGAGUUCGCCCUGGCCGCGCUCGAUGCGCGAAGGGCUGCCUGCGGCAGGUACCACACUGCAGUGCUCAGCUCCUGCGGCCGCCUUGUGACCUUCGGCGACGGUCUCUCAGGGCAGCUGGGGCGAGCGGCAGCUCCUGGAGAAGGCUGGAAGCCUGCGGAGCUGGAUUUAGUCGGCACCGUCGAAGAGAGGGUGGUGCAGGUGGCCUGCGGAGACGACCACACGGUCUGCCUGACCGAGAUGGGCCAGGUCCUGGCCUUCGGCAGUGGCGAACAAGGCCAGCUCUGCAUGGGAGGUUGCCGCAACUAUCGGCUGCCGACGCUCAUCCGACCCCUGGCCGACGUUCGGGAGAUAGUGGCCGGAGCCAACUGGACGAUGCUCCGCUGCGCGGACGAGAAGGUCUUCCUUGCUGGCCGACUCGUUCCUCGUGGAGGCAGGAGACCCGACGGCCAGGAGGAGGUGUGCGAAGUGGAUCAGGAUCAUCGGCUUCUGAGGCAAAUUGUGGCGCCUGCCUCCUUUUAA